CACCACCACCACUCUCAUAUUGAUCACAGCUCAAAAGGUUACCUUGCCUAGAACCUCAUCGUACUUCCUAUCAGAAGCGGUGGAGACUGGAAGAUUCUCUCUGUCCUACUGGCGAGGCUGAAACAUCUCUUGAGGCCGCCUCAACUUCACCGGUUCAAUAUCUUUCGCCCGGUGUCUUUCUUUCCCUUCUUCCUCCUUUCUUCCUACAACAUUCACAAGAAGUCACUCAUUCAAGUGACAAGCGACAAGAUAAUCAAAGGACAACAUGACUUCUGCUUUCGCCCGUAUGCCUGGGUUUGGGGCGCAAUUGAUCGACCCCAAGUUUUGUUGUUGUGCUGUCCCACUGGUCAACGCUGGAAUAUAUACGAUCUUAACUGAACAAAUGGCUUUAGGGUUCGGAGUGGGUGUUAUGGCUUUGACUACGCCGGACGUGGUCGGUGCGACAUUUCCAAAUUUCGCUAAAGUCAUUUUUGCCAUAACUUGUUUCGUGGUGGCUUUAUGUCAACCUAUUGGGUUUGUCGGUAUUUAUCGAGAAAAAACGAAAACGUUCAAAUGGUACACUCUUAUCAACUUCCUCUCCCAAACAGCGGCAUUCUCAGUUGCCGCUGCUCUUAUCGUAGUCUCUGCAACGUCGCACAACAAGGCGGUAACAGCUUGUGAAAAACAAUACUUCGAAACGAACAAUUCUACUUCCUCUACUGCAAUUGCGAAUUCUACACUUUCAUCAGAGAGUUCAGCGUUAUGUGAUGCGUUCACUUGGGCAGAUGUGGGUAUUAUGGGUGGAUUAUGGUUAUUGUUGUUACUCGUUCAAGCGUAUUUUCUAUACGAAACCCGUUCAUAUUCCACUUCUCAAGUAUCAGAUCAUAAACUCUAUCACUCUGUCUAUUCCGAAAACCCAGAAGCGUUCACAAUGUCUAUCUUACGUUCAUCCCGAUACAACCCCGGAUCAGUAUACAACAAUAUGCCUUUACCUAACGAACGUAAUUCUCAAGAUGCUUGGGAUCCACGUGCAAGUGUGGAAAGUCUUAAUGAUCCUUCAACACAAAUGGGAGGAGGAUAUCAUGAUGAUCAAAAUGCUUAUGGUCAUAGAAGAAUGUAUAGUGAUAGUCCUUUGAAACAAAGUGAAAGUAGGUAUGAUGACGCUUUUGAACAAGCUAGAGGUUAUGGUGCUGGUCCUUCGAAUGCAGGAGAAUAUCGAAUGGGAAUGGGUCAAAGUGGGAAUUAUGAAGGAUAUCAAUCAAGAGAUUAUUCAAAUGAACAUGGUUAUAAUUAUGGUCAUGUUGAACAACCUCCGAUAGCUACUUCAAGAGAUCCAGGUCCGACACCUACUGUGAAUCAAUAUUAUGAUGGACAAGGUGUUGGUUUUGCUUCGAAUGGUGGAUUAAGGAGACCUGAUGAUGUUCAAGGUCAUCCUGCCGAGGGAAUGAUGGGUCGUAAAAGUCCCAGACGGUGAUCAAUUUACAUUUCAUGAUAUGACCGAACAAAUGCAUGUUGUCUAU